CCUGCAAACUGAAAAUAUUGAGGGGAAAGAAAGGAAAAAAAAAACGAACGAAUCAGAGGGAGGCCUAGGCUGCGGGUUCUGUUAGAAAUUAGGGGGAAAAGACUGAUCAGCGAAACGGAAGGAUCGCUAUGGCUUGGUUACCUUGGUAUGCCUGCGGCUGGUUUGGUAUCCCGAGCCAAUCACUGCCGCUGCUGAUCGGGAUUGUUGCCACGUGGGACCUUCUAGCUUGCUCCUCGUGCGCAGAAGGAGCGGCUGCGAAGUGCAUGCCAGGAGACUCGGUCGUGUCGUCGGCAGAAGCACGACCGGUCGGUAGCCCUGAUCGCCUCCUCGAAGCCUCUGCAGGCCGGCGGGAACUGAUCUCCCUGCACCCGUUGUUUGUCAAGGAGAGGAGCGGGCCGCUUGUGAAGCACCCCAUUAUGCGUGCUGGUGGUGACUCUUAUUGGUGCGGAUCUGCUGUAUUCCAUCUCGUGGUGCCAGAACCCUCCCAAGUGGACAAGGAAGUGGACAAAGCCAUGAUCUAUUAUGUCCUGGACGAAAUGUGCCUAGCCCCGGACGGAUCCGUCACAGACAAGACGAUAUCCAUCAGGAAAGCAAGUUUCUCGCUGGCUGAUCGACCACCGUCGCUCUUGAAUGCUAAUGACAACAACACGCUCGUAACCUACUGGUGGCCGGCUUCCUCGCCGAAUGGGACAAAGGUCUCUGAUCGCAUAUUCGUGAAGAUGGGGGUGAACAUGAGCUCUUCGGUGGCUGACACGCGCGUCUUCUACGGCCUGGACGUGUCGAGAUCGCAGAGCAACCUGGUCGUCAGUUCUGAGCCCUACGAUGUCGGCGGCACGCGCAUCAUCACCUCUGUCUCUGUGAUAGAUGGGUCGCGCUCGUCAAUCGAUUCGGGUGUGAGCUCGCUGGAGAGCUUGGCGCUCGAUCCCGCCAACAACACCCUGUACAUAUCCGACAACUCCGCGACUUCCCCGAAGAUCCUCUCGGUGCCUGUGUCCGACUCAGGUCUUCCCACAGCCGGGGGCGACCUGUCCCAGGUGCUCAGCACGUUUGGGGAUACCAGGGUCUCGUCGAUUUACUUCGGUCCCUACAGCUUCGUCUCGGGCGGGAGCUGCAUGUACUUCCGCGACGACCAGCAAAACCGCGUGUGGGGUUUCGAUCCCCACCACUCCUCCUCCACCUUCAACGUCACGCUGGUGGCAGGAUCGGCACUCUCGGGGGAGCGCGGCGUGCAGAAUGUCGAUGACGCCAACACCACCUUCUACCGCAUGCAGGCGCUGGUAACCACACCCGAUGGGUGCAAUCUCUUCGUCACGGACGAGAUAGACGGGAAUGGACUGGUUCGAUGGCUGAAGCUAGAUCGGCCCUGUAGCCUGGCAACACGCGUGGAGGUGGUGGCCAAACACAACGGCAUAGGGUCGUCCAGCUUGGCCCUACACAUAGCUGAGGGUCGGGUAAUCCUCUUUGUUGGCUCGUCAAAUGGCGACGUGCUUCAGCUGGUAAUCAACGACGAGCUUCUAGGGGGUUGCGGCUCUGACCAAUCUCCCCUCGGCAGCGGCAGCAGCUCGCCGCCAUCAUCGUCCUCCUCACUCCCCCUCCCCACUCCUUCACCUGCCGAAUCCCAACCGAACCUGCUCAAAUCAACGUCCUCACUCCCCGCCACAACUCCAUCUCCCAAGCCUACAUCGAACCUAGUGCUCAUCAUCGCUCUGUCCUUCGGAGGAGGUGCCUUAACGACCGUCCUUGCUCUUCUAGGCGCUUUCUGCUACAAGAAGCAGGCUAGCGGACAGAAAUCGUUGGUAACUGCCGCGCCGGGAUCUUCUUCAUCCGUCGGGAGCCGGAGCACGGUGGACGGGUCGUCGUCGACCACUCCCGACGAUCGAUCGAGGCGCAAGAGAAUGGAGCUCUCUCCGUCCAACGUGCACGUCGUGCAGCGCUUCGAGCUGAAGAGCUUGGCAGACCGCACGGACGACUUCCAUCCCUCCAAGCUCAUUGGCGACAAGGGGGCGUUCGGCGUAGUCUACAGGGGUUCCAUGGACGGCAGGGAGCUGGCCAUCAAGGUGAUGACGGGCGAGUUGACGGACGUCAAGAAGGCACAGUUCGUUGCAGAGGUGAACACUCUAAGCAGGUUGAACCAUGCCAACCUCGUCGAACUCCUUGGGUUUGGUCAGGAGGGAGAGAAAUCCAUCUUGGUCUACCCUUACUACGCCGGGGGAAGUUUGCAGCAUCGAUUGCACGCCGACACGAGAGAGACAGACGAACAAAAAGAGCAAGAGCAGGGAGAAGACGUACAAGGACAAGUAGCCCUGCACGACGGUGCAAGGCCGGCGAUCAUUCACCGAGAUAUCAAGAGCAGCAACGUUCUGCUCGGGGAGGGAGAAGGGGACAUGCUCGAAGCGAUCCUGGCCGACUCCGGCUUGGCGGCCAUCGGGGAGAGAGUGUUUGGCACAGGGUACGAGCACUUCGUCCAGACUUCGCCCGUGGUGGGGAGGUUCGGGUACAUGUCGCCCGAGUACAGGCUGUACGGCAAGCUGUCGGAGAAGAACGAUGUGUACUCCUUUGGCAUGCUUCUCCUCGAGCUGCUGACUGGGCGAAAGGCUGCCUGGCCGGCGGCUUCCAGAUUGGGAUGGGAGAUGCUGGCCACGUGUGUCGGCCGGUUCCUUUCCGGAGGAGGGGAUGAUGGAGAUGGGGAUCCCGAGGGGAUCGCCGACAUGGCGUUUGCGAUUCUCGAUCCUUCCUGCCGCGCUCAGGUGGCGUGUGAGGCUCUCUCCAAAACCAUGGUGAUGGAGGCCUUGUCUCUGGCGGGAGAUUGCGUCAACGAGCAAGGCAGGCAUCGGCGCGCCAGGAGCAUCGUGGUGCAACGCCUUCACGCCACAUGUCAGCAUGCGGGGAUAGCCUUGUGAAAUUCACUUCUUUUCAUCCCGCAUCAAUGGCCCCUACAUAGUUUCUUCGUCCCCAAAAAAGGAACGCAGGGUCGUUAGGCCAUCAAUGAAGCCAGAAGCUAUGA